CGAAAACUCGGUCGUGGGGAUGGGCGAGACGGAGGAAUACACCGACGGUGUUGGCGAUGCCACGUCGGUCGCUGUCCGUCACGCAACAAAGCGCCGACGGCGUGUCACGACCGACGACGACCUCGAUGCGAAAUUAUCGAGCCUUGAACGCGCCGUGUACGAGUUGGAUGACGAAACCGGUCGCUUAGAAGGUAAGGCCAUGGUCCUCGCCCGGAUGCCGUGGUAUUCGACACGCCUGCACGACCAGCAAUCGUCGAGGGUAAUCCAUGUGUACCUGCAAAUGUUUCAGUAUGGCUUCAAGAUCCACAACCCUGUCGAUGCGGUGAAGCAAGAACGGUUUCUACGAUCGGUCUGUCGCGAUGACAUGGUGUUUUGCGGCGGCAAUUGGAGCACGCACGGGGUGGACAAGCUCAUUCAUGCGUUUCGGAUUUACAGCUCGCUGCAUCCGAACUACAUCAUGCACCCCAAAUACUUCGAAGUCGUGCGCAACGACGAAGACAAUGGCGACGUUGUUUGCGACGUUCAAUGCACAGUGUCCCAGCGGCUCACGCGGGAGACCGUUGCUGUCUUUUUCCCUCACAUCAUGAACCAGGAACACUUGGUGCAGAUACUUGUCGGCCGCGACAUCCUUGUCGACACAAAUGUUUCCUUUGGCUUUACACCGGCCGGCCUCAUCGAUGCGUUCACCGUUACCAUGAGUCGGGAAAAAGCGUUCGCCCAGCUCCUGGGGGUUGAGGCGGCUGCCAUGUUGGCCGAUGGCCAGCAAUACUUAUCCCUCGUAACUUAACAUUGAGAAGAAGAGACAUGGUGACAUUUGACCUCAUGCGACUUCAUGAC